UCUUCCGGAGCGGCGUCAGCCCUUCUCCAAGAUGGCGCCGGCGCUUGGGCGCUGAUUGCUCGGGCGGCGCGCGAGGGCCCUGACGCGCUGCCGCCGCCGUUCACUUCCGGCCGGCGGCCGCCGUCGAGGGACGCGGGGGGGAAGCGGCCAUGGGGCGGCGGGACCGGCCGGCGGCGGGGCCAGGCGGGACGGGGGCCUCCCGCCCGCCGGCCUGAGAGCCCGGAACUGAAAAGUGACAUCCUGACGUCUUGGAGCAUCGCAAACCCGGAAUGACUGGGAAGAAGCUGCUUUGGUUGACAAGCCAUAGUCCUGCCUGUUCGUUAAAAGAUGCCAGCACUUCCAACCUAGGCAGUCACGACGGGAGGGCUGAGCCUGGACCUGCUCUGUACUUUUGAGGUCGAUCUGGGACAUACCACCUCUCCUUCCCCGCUCCAAGGAGUCAUGGAGGACAAACGCAACAUCCCCAUCAUUGAGUGGGAGCACCUGGACAAAAGGAAAUUCUACGUGUUUGGGAUUUGCAUGACUAUGAUGAUCCGGGUGAGCGUUUACCCUUUCACACUUAUCCGAACACGGUUGCAGGUUCAGAAGGGCAAGAGCCUAUACAACGGGACUUUUGAUGCGUUUGUGAAAAUCCUGCGGACAGAAGGGACGGCUGGGCUCUACCGUGGCUUUUUGGUCAACACUUUCACCCUGAUCUCCGGACAGUGCUAUGUGACAACCUAUGAGCUCACUCGAAAGUAUGUGUCACGGUACAACAACAACAACGCUGUGAAGUCGCUGGUGGCGGGCGGCUCAGCCUCCCUGGUGGCCCAGAGCAUCACGGUGCCCAUCGAUGUCAUCUCCCAACAUCUCAUGAUGCAGAGGAAGGGGGAAAGCAUGGGCAGGUUUAAGGUGCAGAACCAAGACGGCAAGCGGAUGUUGGUCUUUGGCCAAACCAAGGACAUCAUUGUACAGAUUUUCAAGGCCGAUGGCUUUAGAGGCUUCUACAGGGGCUACGUGGCCUCGCUGCUCACCUAUAUUCCCAACAGUGCGGUCUGGUGGCCCUUCUACCACUUCUAUGCCGAACAGCUUUCCAGCUUGACUCCUAAAGACUGUCCCCAUCUCCUCCUGCAAGCUAUAUCGGGGCCACUGGCAGCUGCCACAGCUUCCACCCUCACCAACCCCAUGGAUGUCAUCAGAGCUCGGGUUCAGGUGGAAGGCAAGAGCUCCAUCAUCCUCACCUUCAAACAGCUCAUGGCGGAGGAAGGUCCCUGGGGCCUGACUAAAGGCCUCUCCGCCCGCAUCAUCUCGGCCACUCCUUCCACCAUCGUCAUCGUGGUGGGGUAUGAAACUCUGAAGAAGCUGAGCCUCCGCCCGGAGCUGGUGGAUUCGAGACACUGGUAGAGGCAGCCGGUGGAAGAGAAAAAAACACCUUUUGAACCCUCUGAGUUUGGACCGACGGUUGAAAGCUCGGGAGGAGAGGCAGCUGCUAUCUCUUUUGCCUCUAAGCUGGUUUCGCAGUACAAGGCAGAAGCAAGAGCAACUGCAAUUCACCUCUUUAGAUUUGAUUGUACACGAUGCUCUGCUGCUGUUUUCUGCUUAAAUCCAUCAAAAUGUGACCUUUGGCAACGCUGUUUGCCUGUGACCGUUCAUUCAAGAGCAGCCAGGUGCGUGAACGCAUCCCGGCGAGUUCUUAAUUCCCUUUUUUUUUUUUUUUUUUUUAAAUUAAAGACUUACUGGCUGAAGCAAGAAGCCAGUUUAUUCUUUAAAUUAUUUUAAUCUUUGCCAAACUUCCGAGGAGGGGAGUCUAACCGACUGCAGCAGAGCCCUCUGGCGGGUUGUGUGCUGAUUGCAGUUGCACUGUGGGAAGCUGGAAGAGUGGAAUAGACAAGUAGAUUUCUCCAAUCGCCCGCGCUUAUUUCUAGAAGAUGUGAGACGAGAGUAACCCGGAACCGCUUAAGACCUUAUUUACUGCGUUUUGGGUAGAUCUGUACAUACCUUUUUUGUAUGUUCUUGGAAAAUGUUUCCUGUCUCUCAUCCUUGAAACAGCGAGCUGGCUGAUAGGCAAGUUAGGAGUUGAGCCGGCUGUUUGUAAUUAGCUGGUGGCAAUUUUGACACCUAACCUACGGUUUUAAUCUGUUGUUAUUUAAUUAUUUUUUUUUUAAAUUUUAUUUUAGGGAAGCUUAUUCUGAUUUCUGGGGGACUGAGUGGUUGUUCUGUGGCCUUGUUCAAUGUGAGUGUCCAUACUGCAUGUUCAGGGUGGCUGCUGCCACUUCCCACCCGUAGUUAGUUUAAGCCCCGGCAGAUGCGGAGUUCGGAAGUGUCAGAUUCCGGCAGAUGCGGGGUUUGGAAGUGUCAGGUUGCAGUGCUGCCAGCAGCCCGGAGAAGAACUGCAGGGGAUGUGAGCUACAACGGGAUGUGAGGUGGGGGAACAAAAAAAAAAAAAAAAACCAAA